AUCCAGAUUUUAAGGACCUUGGUGUUUUGAAACCAUUGCCAGUUUGUGAGUUUGAGAUGGGAGGACCUGAAGGAAUUGUGGAAUCUGUACAAAUUGUCAAAGAAGGAAAAGCUUCUGAAACUGAAGCAGUAGACUGUAAAUGGUUCAUCCGAGCACCACCCCGAUCCAAGAUCUAUUUGCGAUUCUUGGACUACGAAAUGCAGAAUUCCAAUGAAUGCAAAAGGAAUUUUGUAGCUGUCUAUGAUGGAAGUAGCUCCGUGGAGGAUUUGAAAGCAAAAUUUUGCAGCACUGUUGCUAAUGAUGUAAUGCUGCGGACAGGUCUUGGUGUAAUCCGCAUGUGGGCAGAUGAAGGCAGUCGAAGCAGCCGAUUCCAGAUGCUCUUCACAUCCUUCCAAGAACCCCCUUGUGAAGCCAACACAUUCUUUUGCCACAGUAAUAUGUGUAUUAAUAAUACAUUGGUCUGCAAUGGACUUCAGAAUUGUGUUUAUCCUUGGGAUGAAAACCACUGCAAAGAAAAAAGAAAAGCUAACCUGUUGGACCAACUUACCAAUACCAGUGGGACUAUAAUUGGAGUGACUUCUUGCAUUGUGAUCAUCCUCAUUGUUAUCUCUGUUAUAGUACAGAUCAAACAGCCUCGUAAAAAAUUUGUUCAAAGGAAAACAGACUUUGAUCAAACAGUGUUCCAAGAGGUAUUUGAGCCUCCUCAUUAUGAGUUAUGCACCCUCAGAGGGACAGGGCCUACAGCUGACCUUGCUGAUGUUGCAGAUGACUUUGAAAAUUAUCAUAAACUGCGGAGAUCCUCUUCAAAAUGCAUUCAUGACCAUCACUGUGGAUCACAAGUGUCUAGCAUUAAGGGCAGCCGUAGUAACCUCAGCACAAGAGAUGCUUCUGUCUUGACAGAAAUACAACCCCAGCCUGUAAAACCACUCAUCCAGCCCAUGAACAGGAGAAAUAUCCUUGUCAUGAAGCAUAGCUACUCACAAGAUGCUGCAGAUGCGUGCGAGAUAGACGAAAUUGAAGAGGUACCAACCACAAGUCACAGGCUGUCCAGACAUGAUAAAGCUGUUCAGCGGUUCUGCCUCAUUGGGUCUCUAAGCAAACAUGAGUCUGAGUACAACACAACUAGGGUCUAAGAGACAAUCUUGAGACUGCUUGAGAAUAGUGCGCUCCUGGGUGAUUUUGAACAUGCUACAAUGAAAUGCGAAACUAUCGUCCUUGGAAACACCAGCUAGAGGUUUUAUGGACUCUCUGACCAGCUAUUCUCAUAUCAUGAUAAAAUUCAGCAAACAGUGUUGAGUAAAAUUACUAGAAGGCAAUAAGACUUUGGUUAUUAUGCUUAUCGGUCAUUUCUCUUUUCUUUUUCACUCUUCUUUUUAUUGCAAGUUAAAUUCCCAAUUUCAGGAACAAUUUAUUGAAAUCAGGUAUUUAGCCAUUCAUAAUCUCUUCAAUAGAAAUGUUUGUUGCAUCUAGCAAUAUGACUGAAUUUGACAUUGAGAAAACAAUCUGCAUGUGUGUUACUGAAUAUUUGAGUUGGCAAAAACCCCUUUAUUAGAUACGUUGUAAAAAGCAUGCAUUCACAAUUAUUGCUGUUACUGUUCCAUUUCUGUGUCAUAUGCUUGCUACUUGUAACUUUUUAUAUCAAAAUACAUAAAGCAAUGUAUAAUAA